AUGCCCAGCGGGGCUUUGGUAGAGGGCGAAUAUCAAUCUGCCUCUGCAAUUCGCGCGGUUGUUCCCGGGUUUGUUCCGAUGCCUAUUAAAUGGGGUGAAUAUCAUGACGGCGAAUCUCAAGUCUAUUUUUUCCUAGGCGAAUACCACGAUAUGGACCUCCGGGCACCUCCAGAGCCAGAGCCAUUUGUGGCAAAAGUAGCAGAACUCCAUACCAAAGGAAAAUCACCCACGGGAAUGUUUGGGUUUCCAGUUCCUACCGUGUGUGGUAUUUUUGAACGACCCGUGACAUGGGAAAAGCGAUGGGCAGACUGCUUUGCAAAUCAGCUGAAGAAGGUCAUCGAUUUUGACAAUCAAACAAACGGACCUUGGCCACAAUUUGAUGACGCCUGCAAGCAAAUACUCAACGCCGUUAUACCAAGACUUUUGGGUGCACUGCAGUCCGAAGGUCGAUCAAUAACGCCUGCGUUGAUUCAUGGCGAUCUGUGGGAGCAGAACAUCGGAGUCGAUAUGGAAACCGGAGAAACCAUUGUUUUUGAUCCGGGGUCUACCUAUGCUCACAACGAAAUGGAGUUUGGAACUUGGAGGUGCUCUUGGGCCUACUACUUUAACUCUCCUGUUUACAUAAGGCUUUAUCAACGCCAUAUCGAGCCAUCGGAGCCGGUCGAGGAAUGGGACGAUCGCAAUCGACUUUACAGUCUUCACCCCUACCUCAAUGACUCUGCGGGUCAUCCGGGGAGUAUUUCAAGAUCAAUGUAUGGCCCCCUAUUUGCCCCUGUUGGUUCUAGUUUUUCGCAGAUUACUAAUGCAGCAUAUCUCAGAGCAUAUAAUGAUAUGCUCUUUCUGUGUGAGAAGUACGCUCCGCUGGAAGGGCUGGAGAGAUAUAACCCCGAAAAAGACAUCAGUGUUACAGGGGCAUAUGUUCAGCAUUCUACUCAGAUUAUGGCGAUGAAUGCGUGA